AUGUCUUUCUCUAACGACAAAACAAGAGCAGGGUUCUGUAUGUCCCCGAUAAUGGAGGAGUCGAGCUCAAUCUCCAUCGCUGACGAAGAUGUCCCAAUGCCCGACGCGACUUCAAAUAACACAGGUACAUCAGCGACUCGCAGCCGGAAACGAAAAGCUGAGGACAUGAGUACGGCAUCCGAAGGCCACUCUGACCCAGCUGAUGCCACGGUGCCCAAGGCGCGUUCCAAUGGGCUCGACAGUAGUCUUCCGCCCAUUGACAACGUGCACGAUGCAUUUCGUGAUAUUCUCUUGCGCAUCACCACAAACGAGGAACGAAAUUUCCCGGAUCUCUUGCAGAUUGCUAAGGAUGGCGGGUUCACAAUCAACGUUGCUACCAUGUGCUCCGGCACUGAAGCACCAAUCUUCGCACUUAAUUUGCUGCAAAGCGAGUUCUUUGCCUUAACUGGGCUUGAGUUAUUUCGCAUGCGCCAUGCUUUUAGUGUGGAGAUAGAAGCAUACAAACAAGCCUACAUUCGUAGGAACACUGAUGCUACAGUGUUUCGAGAUGUUCUUGAUUUCGCUGAUCCCAAGCUAUCUACAGCAAAAAUACUCACUGCCCUCGGUUCUCUGGAGCCAGCCCCCACAACACCUGACAUCUUGGUGGUAGGCACUUCUUGCAUUGCGUUCUCUUCGUUGAGCAACAAGAAGCAGAAGGGCUUCAAUGCAGCCACAGCAGAGCUCCAGACAUACAUCAAGGAAACGAUAGAGCUUGAGGAUGGUCCAGAUCGGGAGGCAGUUUCCAAGCGACUUGUGGAGGUCGUGAAUACGGCAAAUAUGAGCGAAUCCGACUCGACUUUCUUCCCUGUACUAGCAUAUAUACUUCACCAACGUCCCGCCAUUGUCAUUUUUGAGAACGUAUUUGACGCACCCUGGGAAGAUAUGCGGGAUUGGUACUUCCCAGCCGUUCAAUACAGCGCAGACUUCUUGGCAUGCGACACCAAGGAUUACUACCUCCCCCAGACCCGCGCGCGAAGGUACCUCGUUGCAUUCGACAACGACCGAUUUGGUGGGGCUGCAACUUCCCGAAUCAUGACGCAGGAUACCACACGUUUCCUGAAGAGUCUCGAAAGACGUGCAUCCGUCGACAUAGAGAAAUUUCUGUACAACAACAUGGACAAAGCUAUACAAAUUGACAUGCAGCAGCUGGAGUUCGAGAAAGCUAUAAAGCCUACGAGGGAUGUUCCAUGGGAGUAUAGUCGCGUACGCCACGAGAAUACUCGCAAGCGAGAAGAUCUCGGCCGCGGCCAUCCCUUCUCCGGCAUGAAGUCAACGGGAGAAACGCAAUUUUAUGACCGAGUCAACCAGAUUGUCAUGGACCGGCAAACUGACCGUGUCAAAGAGGUUGCCGACAUUAACCAGCUAAGAGGUCUAUGCGCGAUCCCCUCGUACGACUUCAAUCACAAGGUGAAGGUCAUCGACUUUAGUCAGAAUGUCGACAGAAAUACGGGCGCGACACCAUUCGGCAUGUCACCUUGCCUUACCCCCAAUGGCUUGCCUUUCCUCACCAUACAAUGUCGUUUUGUGAUGGGCAGGGAAUGCUUCUUACUACAGGGUUUGCCUGGUGGUGCUGUCAAUCUGUCGCGGGAAAGUUAUGACCAAUUGAAAAACUUAGCUGGCAAUGCUAUGACUACUACUAUAGUGGCAUCUUCAUUUCUCUCGGCGAUCAUGGCAAUCUGCAAGAAAACUGGAAACGUCAACUUUCCCCGCAUCAAUCGCGAUGAUGGAAAAUAUGUCGGCCCCCGUUCAUCUGUUACAAUUCCUAGCAUCGUUUUCGAUUCUUUGCAGACUGUUUCUGGUUUCGGAACUUACACAUUCAUGAACGUCAACACUGGCGCCAUUCUGGAUUUAGCCGCUCGGCUCCGCGUAUACUGUUUCUGCACUGGUACCGCAAUGUAUAGCUCUGCAGUGCUUUGGAUAUGUAUCAUAUGUGGCACGAUCCGCUGCGGAAGUUGCAAGGGCAACCCCAAGCACGAGUAUACAAAGUUGGAACUUGUACCAGAAGCUUUCGGGCAAGAAGACGCAAUGUUGCGAUUGAUGAAGCAUGUGCCUCGCGUUUUCGGAAAUUUGUUCAGCCAUACUAUGUCAAGCUUGUUUCUGAGGGAGUUUGAUAACGUCUUGGCAAUCAGUUGCCCUGGGUUGAGGAAGGCUUCUUCACAACUGACCAAUGCGGAUUUUUUCUUCGAUGGUAUUCACCUGUCUGAGGUGAUUUCCAUCUGCUACACCUCCAGCUGCGGUUACAACUUGAAGAUCAUGAUUGACACUGACAGCGUAUCGUGGUAUCUCUUCCUCGAUGGCCACUCGGACAUUGGCAAAGCUUUAACUGUCGCGAACAACGGAGACCACUCCAGCCCUACUGGCAAAAGACUGCGGGACUUCUGCUUGCGUGGUCGACCAUUUGCACGUGCAAGACUUACGGACAGAACGCUUUCUAGCAUUCCUACUGCCGAUCAAUGGACUCCUUGGAACUUCCAACAGCCUCACCGACAGGUCAAGCACGGUCAGAAGGUCUACAACCUACUGGUCACAAUCACUGUUCCGGAAGAUAAUUCUGGACAAAUCAAGAUUGACUUGGUCAACGACAAUAGCUCAGUAAUUAGCCACGAAGCUGGAAAUAUCGUUCAGUCUAUGCUUGGAACAUGGACUCGCAAGCCAGACUGCGAUGUGGCAGAAAAUAGCCUUUUCGUUCUUGAUAAAAGCAGUGGGAAGAAACUCUUCUUGUUCAAAGAUCCCACAAGAAUCGGUCCUGCCGAGAUGGAUACUUUUGUCAUUUCAGAGACUCCACGACUGUUACAAUGGCACGAACAUCGGGACGUUCUAUUGACUUUCGUGCCCCUUGCUGACUUCUCGAAGCAAAUUCACAAGCUGUCGUCAGGCUCUUAUUUGCAGAAAAUCACGAUGGAUGGUUAUUGGGACACCAAGGCAUUUUCCGACUGCAGUAAUGAUGACCGCCUGCUUGCCACCAUGACGAUUGAUCGUGGCGAUAAGCCGCCAAACCGAGUUUUACUCAAAGCCUCUUGGAUCUGUUCCGCUGGCGUUAACUGGGCAAUCAUUGACAAAGCCGAUCAGGCAGACUUCUUCAAGUCUAUCAUCUUUGCCGUUCCCAGUUUGAUCCAAUCGAUGCAGCACCUGAGCAUUGACAACAUCUGUUUGGAGGGAAAGGACAUUUGCGAGGCGUGUUCACCCCGUUUUCCUCCAGUAUACUGGGUGGUCAACAGCGAAAGCAGCAAUCUACAACCAAUUCACAAGCCAGAUGAGGUCGGCGCAUAUGAACGCGGUUUAAGAAGCCAGCUACCCGCAUUUCAGGUCAUGGCCAAAGUUCCUCCUUAUGAGAAGAGCCAGAAGGACAACAUGGUUUCUGUCCGGUUUACCAUGAACCCCAGCCGACUUGCUCACCGAGCAUUGGCAUAUUUACCGAAUGCGCGCGAUACUCUAGCUCAUAAUGCUUCUAGCAUUACUAUGAGGGCCUUUGUGGAGCCUGGACAUUCCGAUUCCCUCGUCUUCAACUUGAGACCUUUCGUAGAAUCCAUUCAGACCGUCCGCAUGAUAUUUGACGGGGACUGUGGCCAACCUCCGAAUUUCCCGCGAGGCCUGAGGCUUGAUAAAAGCCAACUAUUCACAGUCGGUCACAUGAUAAACAGGGAAAAGUCACCGAGGUUCUUCAUAGAACGGGAGGAUGAAGAGGAGGUGGUCCCAGGCGUUCCACUGCGCCUUGUCGGUCGUGUUGAACGCAAGGUGAAGUGUAGUGGUGGAGUCAUUGCAGAUUCUGUCGGUGCUGGCAAGACUGUGAUGACUCUAGCGCUUAUUGACCACCAGGCGAAGCAUGAUAACGACGGCUAUUCUCGACGCAGUGAGAUAUGUUCAGAAAUUGGUGCGAUGGCUUCUAAAGCUACACUGCUAAUAGUUCCCGAGCAUAUCAGCACUCAGUGGCUUGAAGAAAGCUUGCGUUUUCUUAAGAACCUUCAGAGAAACGAUGUUAUUGUUCUCCAAACCAUGAGAGAUCUGACUUCACCCAGCAACUUGAAAAAGAUCACCGAAGCCAGAUUGGUUAUUGCCUGUGACAAGCUGUUCAAGGAAAACCAAUACCGUGCGGAAUUGUCCAAGUAUGCUGGAAGAAUCGAACCGGGCAAGAUGGCAUCGGAACGUGUCUACAGAGCAUGGUACCGCGAAUGCGUGCUGCAGGUACGACAGUUCCUCGCUCGGUAUCUUCGGGCGCAACAUAACCAUACAGCCAAACAAAUGGUCGCCAAUGACAUUCAGACCGCCUUUCAAGAGGCACAGGCACUAAAUCAGGAGCUAGUGGAAGGCAUCGUCAAGAAAAGUACGAGGAAAGGUGCCAAGGGCCAGAAACAGAGUACCACUACAUCACUACUCCAGACAAAGACUCGACCGCUCUCAGGGGCCAGAAUGUUCAUGGACGCUUGCAUUCUUUUAGAGUUUUUCAGCUGGCCUAGGAUUGUGUGGGAUGAAGUGAGCUACCGCAACACCGAAGUUGCGCAGUUCCUCUCAGCUGCUGUCACAGAUCACAAGUGGCUCUUGUCUGGUACACCUCCGCGCCAAAAUCUGAGUGACAUCGAUUAUUUGGCACGUGCAUUGGGCAUCUCGUUGGUACGACCUGUUAACUUGCGCCUAGGCCUUCCGUCGAUUACGAAGGGGCCAAUGGAAACCGUUCAAACUGACACUGAGCUAUGCUGUUCUUAUGGCAAAUUAAAAUCAGACAAGUUUGUCAAAGAUCGCCACGAGCAAGCAGAGAUUUUCCUCAAGACUCUCUCAUCCUCUAACAAGGCGCCAGCUCUGAAUGUCAGUAUCACCGAGCGCGUUUUUGUAUGCUCACCUACACUUAUCGAAAAGGCCAUCUACAUGGAGAAGGAACAGGUCUGGCGUCGAGCACAGAUGCUCACAGACAAUCUGGCAGCCGAAGACCUCCGAGGUAUGCUGCGUGAUAUUGGCCAUCCCACGGGGACGCCAUUUCCAGACGACUUGAUAUCACGUAUAUUGAGUUUUGCUGCUUCCCUCCCGACUUUCGGAAAAGACAAUGGUCUCACACUUUCAAAGAUGAAAUAUCAUCGGGACGAGCUUCUCCGGAAUAUAGGGACGAGCAUUCGACACCUCUUUCAGCAAGCCAUCUGGCUCGCUCGUCGCCUAGAACAGUGUAAUAACCAACGCGCUGAAUCUCGACGAACCAGGAAAAUAGGCAAACAAAGUGCAAAAAGCCAGAAGAAGGACGAAAGCAUCAAGGAUGCCGAAGAAAUUGCACAUGUCACCGCUUCCUUGCGAGGUCUCGUUUCUUCGCUACAGCAUGGCGAUUUUGAAACUUUCGGGGGGAUACACAACUAUCUCGCUCUGCUCAAAGUUCUUAUUCCUGGUUGGGAUCUUGAUUCGCAUGCUAGGAGGUACUUGCUUAACCUGGCCAAGUCUCGGUCAGGCGUGGAUCUGGUGGCCUUACACUCCAUGGAGAUCAAGCCGAGUGAGCGAGCUGGUGAUGAUUUGAGCAUUUUGCAUGACUUGUACGAACAAGGCGAUUUCUCGUGGGCAAACUUUUACAGGAUCAAUUCUGAAGAUGUGGGUGCCAUGGACCAGGCAAAUGUUCUAAGUUUGACGAGGGAAAGUCUAAGCAAGAUUCAUGAUCGCCAUACACCUGAGAACGAGGAGAAACUCCGAGAGCUGGGACGAAUGACACUUGCCCAGUUGCGCCAGACACUGAAAGAUGACCUACCCAUGAUCAAAUCAGCGCAAGAAGACUACCGCCAGAAGCUUGCUGACACCACAUAUGAUGAAAAAGCGAUGGCAACGAAGCAUCGGGCCGGUCUAAUGGCUGAAGCGCGCAUUCGUGGAUUGAAGAUUUCUUCAAUUGCAAACGUAACAACACUCCUAAAACUCAUCAAAGCCCAUGAGAAUGGUGGUGCAGGACAGAAGAAUUAUGACACCCCUAAUGUCCAUGCUAAUACACCAACGGACAUUCCACCGCAACUCGGGCAUACGGUCAAGGUGCGCGGUUCUGAAUUUCCUGAAACUACGAAUGCGUUCAAGGAAACCUUGCACCUCUUGACCAGCGCAAUACGAAUAUUCAAGAGCCGUGAGAACGAGUUGCGACGAGCAAGGCUAUUCCAACAGUUGCAGGACAACAAAGAUGGGAUAACUUGUCAAAUAUGUCAUACAAGGACUGAUUUGAAGGUUAACCUUGACUGCGGUCAUGUCCUGUGCAGCGAGCAUCUGGCUGGCAAAGAGCUUUGUGGGGAUGGCACCACUCACUGCCAGGCUGUUAUCGGAGAUAAUGCAGUUCCGAUAGAUGAUCUGCGGCCCUCGAGUCGCGAACUUGAGCUAUUGCCCAAAGCAUCUGGGCAUGCUUCGAGCAGUCGUCCACGCAAUUACUCAAGCAAGGUGGACUGCGUCACGAAUAUUGCCAAAGGUGUCGUCCUAGGAGAUGACAGUGUAGUGAUAUUUUCGCAGUACGACGACAUGAUCCAGCAUAUCAUUCAAGCGCUGAAGCACAACGGUAUUGUUGCCAAAACUACCAGCAGACUCCAGAAUUUCAAUGGUACGCCUGGCAAUAUGUCCAACAUAAUUGAGGCAUUCAAGAAGAAGACAUUUCGUGUCCUCGUACUCAAGGUCGAUGCCCCCGAAGCAUCAGGAGCUAACUUGGUUGUGGCAAACCACAUCAUUUUUGCUACGCCACUCUCAACACCCACACAAGAUCUUUACGAGACUUACAUGGAGCAGGCGAAGGGUCGCUGCGCUCGGAGGGGCCAGACAAAGGACAUCUUCUUGUAUCACUGUGUCGUCGAGGGUACAAUUGAGGUUGAUAUCCUUGAGACGAGAACCAAGAGGCACGUCCGUGCACAACCUGGCCGAGCACUAGGCUGGCUCCUGCCUCGUGACGCUCCUGACGCCCGCCUCUAUCAGCAAGACUGGAGCAGCAAACAUGGCGCUACAACUCGGGUGAAAUCUAGCUUACGACAGACUGAGGUUUGGAAGGCUAUUGGGGAGGUUGAUUACGUCACCACUCUCAACUUUGACAAGCCUGAAGAUCCGCUGAAGGAUACCGUCGGUGUCAAAGCCGACCAAUUGGCCCACAAAGCAUGGAGUGAGGACUUGGACUUCUGGCGAGAUAUAUACAAAACCCUGGGACGGUCAAAGGUUUCAAAGACUUCAUUUACCGACGAUCAGGUGGCCGAAAUUACGAGACGCAACUUUGAAUCGAUGGAACAGUCUCAAAACGGGACAUGA